AUGGAGUUCGUCGAGAACCAGGCAGUGACUCGACACUGCAGUGUGGGUGCCUUCACACUACGGAGUAAAAAGCUCUGGGAAGAGAAAGGCAUGCCCAAUUCCUACCUGCAGGAUGGCAAACUCCACAAGCCUAAAGACUUGGGGAGGUUCUUCUACGGAACCUGCUCCUUCCUCAUCGUGCUGGUCAACAAGGCACUGCUGAUGACCUACGGCUUUCCAUCACCAAUUGUUCUUAGAGGUAGACAGAUGGCAGCUACCAUAAUGAUACUGUGUGUGUCCAAGUUAAAUAAAAUAAUUCACUUCCUUGGUUUUGACAAGAAAAUUCCAUUAAGUUUGCCAAUGUUCACAGUGCUCAGGAAAUUUACCAUUCCACUCACUUUACUCUUAGAAACCAUAAUACUCAGGAAACAAUACUCCUCAAUCAUUGUCAGUGUCUUUACCAUCAUUCUCGAUGCUUUAAUAGCAGCGGGGUUUCUGUUGAUGUACUCCACAGUGUUGUACAGCUAUUACAACUCGGCCUUGACUACAGUAGUGGUUGGAAACAUCAGGAAUGUAUCCAUUGCCUACACUGGGAUGUUAGUUGGUGGAGGGUACAUUUUCUCUGUGUCAAACUUCAUAGGGUUAAAUAUUUGCAUGAAAGGGGGCUUGAGAUACUCCUUUUUGAUUCUGAGCAGCCGGUUAAAGCCUAAACAACCUGUGGACAAAGAAAACAUCCUUCCGGAUUUGAGGAGUUAG